CACGUGAGUGGAAGUGUUUGUAGCAAAGUGUCUCCUUCAAUUGCUUCAAUUCCUUCAGUUUAGAUUCCACCAAUCAACAACGAGAGUGGGAUUUGUGUGUCUGACCGCAGUGUCGUUCAAUUCCAAGCGUCAGCAUUGUUCGGUGCGGUCGAGGAAUUUUUCGAGUGAACGGAAAAAAGCGGAAAGUGCUGAUAAUACUGUCUCGAUUAGCGCAGGAAUAGUUAUUGGGAACAGAGCCUUUGGCCGGGACGAGACGCGAUUGGCGGCAACCUUAUCAGCACCGUUACGGAUAGAAUUUUAUGCAGAGUGCUUCUCCAGUGAGCUAUUUUUGGAUUUCAAUGUGCAUUUUUAUGAUGAUUUAUUCUGGCGGGGCGAUGUGUGAUGUCAUUUGAAUGCCAUAUUCGAAGUGAAACGAUAUGAAACAGGCAAGCGAAUUCUGCGUAAAACGCUUGCAGUGGUGGUAGCAACUUAAAAUAAAACCCGAAUUCAGUGGCCAAAAAGUGAACGAGAUAACGAGCCGGCUAAGGAUCGAUGGUCGAACAGUGGUACAACAAGUGAAGAAAUUGUUGCAGCGUUUACUUUUUGACAAAGGUUUAAGUUGCGCUUAGUCGAGGAAUUCGAGCGAAUCCAAACAACUGUGACCGGAAUUUCGAAACCAUCAUAAGAAACAGAAGAAAAUCGAGUUUUGAAAAAAAAAGUGCUUUUGCAUUGUGUUUUGUUUUUUUUUCUGGUUUCGCCUUGCCUCAAAACAACCGACUACGAGUUAAUGCAUCUGUCAUAAAAAUGAUUUAAUGAACAAAUUGUUUCGCUGAUUACCCACGGACGUGAAGUCUGUGCUGAAGCUGCAACGCGAAAUAAAAGAUAACCUUUCGGGACUAGAGCAUAAACAAUCGGCGGGCAGUGAGCCGUAAACGGGUGACUUUGCUGUCGCCCCCCGCCUCAUCUCAAUUGGAACGAAGUUGAGCUUGAAGUGUUAAUUGAUUCAAACUACAACAAAAAAAGAUGCUGAAACACGUGCAGAUCUCUCCGAUGCGCGGUCGAUCGGACUCACUCUCAAUGCGGUCGUCAACCUCCUGUGCAUCGUCCCUGUGCGGAAGUCCGGAACCGCCGGGUGAUCAACUACGUAGCCAUUCGCGGGCCUCCAGCUAUUCUAGCCUGAAUGAAACCAUACCGCAGACCACCAUCAAAAUCUACACGGCUUGCCUUCGUCAGGAUAUUGAAUAUAAAACUCUCGGGAUCUCGUACGAUGCGACCAGCAAGAGUGUCGUUCAGCAAUUGCUUAGAAGAUGCAAAAUGCGACACCGUGAUCCGCGGUUGUUCUACCUCACGAUGGAGGUCACGGUCCGGCGACCGGGCGUAAAAUCGGUGCUGGAACUGGACGACGAAGCACGGCCGGCACUGCUGCAAGCUUGCCAUCCCAAGGGCGACUCCAGAUUUUGCCUGCAGCAAAAACCUGGCGGUCUGAUCCGGGUACACACGUCAGCUCUCCAGCCGAACUCGCAGUACAAGUCACUACUCAUUUCGGAGGAAACCACCUCGGACGAACUGCUGGCACUGCUGCUGUCCUGCUACAAUUCGCUCGAACCGGUCGAACAGUUCAGCCUGUAUGAAGUCUGCCCCGGACAGGAAUACCAGCGCAAGUUACACCCGGACGAUUUGCCGUUGAAAACACAGCUCCAGCGUCAGCAGAAAAACGAAAUCAUGCACUUUUUGGUACGAAGAAAUCCGAACUAUCCUCGGCGACGGCAGAUGUUGGCGCCCAUUUCCGAAUCGAAACACUUCAUCAUCAGUCCUGGACUGAAUAAUCGACUAUCGCUGCACUCGUCAACCUUCCCGCUAAGUGCCGUAACGACUCCAACGAAUACGCUCAUCUCCGACAUCGUCGAUGGAGUUUCUUCCCUGAAUAACCUGAAGGAACCCAAAAGUCUAGCACUGCGGGAAUGCACAUCAUCGUCCUGUUCGUCCACCUCCUCUCCGCCUAGCCGAACCGACAGUGAAAAAGAAGAUAACAACAACGAUACCCGAACGAGCUGUCUUCAGUGUAAAUCCACUAAUCAGGAAUCCUGUGCCCAUUCGCAGCGAAGGGAUUCCACGGAAGAUACAGUGCCACCUCCAGCUAUAAAAGGCAAAAACCUUGACCGCUUUCCGCAAGCUCCACCACGUCCUUCCAAAGCUUCUCUGUUACCAUCGGUGCUGACCGCUCCGAAUGUGCCUUCGUAUAAUCCCGUGUACAACAUCCGAGAGAUACGAACCGUGUGUAACUCCUUUUCGUCACUAGGAAUCGACAAGAAACUGGUAGACAUUGAACGAUUCAACGGCAGCACGGAUGGCUCGAACUCUCUCAACUGUAACAUGACCCGAAACAACAUUGUUGGCGAGGCUGUCAUCACAGAUCCUAUGAAGGGAGUGGGGAAUUUCAUCUACAUCUGAAAUACAAUCUGCUGGGACGAAUCACCAAAGUCAAGCGUGCGAGCUAUCAAAAAGGAUUUGAUCCGUGAAGUAGAAAAUUUCCGCAAAGCUGCCUGGGACAAAGCAGAACCUUUCGCGCACCCGAAAUCGAAAACAAAAGAUAACGCGUAUAUUCGUAUAUAUUAUAUAUCAUCCUAGUCAACGUUAUUAAUGUUAUUAUAUCGAUUUUAUUUGAAGUUUGUUUUUUUCUGCUGCUACUGCAACAUUUUGUAUGUAUAGUAUUUUGCCUUCUUCAAUCUCGACCGAAAGCAAUCAUAGAAUAUGUAAUUCAAGCCAAAACUGCGACACUUCUCAACGCGGAUAUAAUGUUUUUUUUUUCAAUCAAACUAAAUUUAUGAUAGGAUAGUGAUUAUGCUAGCCAGAAUCGAAUCUUGUAAAGUAAGCAUUAAGGAAUUCAAGUACAUCCGAUAAAAAUACGAUGUUUGUUUUGAAAGGAAGCGCUGCAUGCCAAAGAAUGGACUAGGUUUUAGAACACUGAACAAGGCUAGAGUUUAUUUAGAUAAGGCUAUUCAACGAAACUCUGUAAAACCAAAUAUGAUUAGUUGUGAAAACAGGAAAACCUGCUUGCAAACCAAUAGAUCCAAACUAGUUGAGGGGGUGGUCAAAUCGUUUGAAGCACACUUUCGAGUUCGAGCAGAAACGAUUGCGGCACCAAAUUACUAAUGAAAUGUGCGACCACCCAACAUAAAUACACACCCACGUAGUCCUCAAGGGAAUUCCUCUUCAAUACACUUGUACGUACCCAGAUAGCUCAUAAGGUUUAGCCCGAGCCGUUGGCUUCGGGCAUGAAUAAAGAUGACGAGAGAAAAGUUAUUGAGUGAAAACUGAAA